AUGGCUUCUCGAGACACUUCAACCACGACGCCGCAUGCGCCGAAUAACAGUACAAACCCAAACCCAGAGGUUGCCCCCCAGUCCGAAGCUGGCGAUGUAGCAAGUAUACUGUCCUCGCGAAUGAGCGAUAUUGCUUCAGAUGAUGGAGGAGAACACCCCGUGGAUCCGGCAAAUACAUCUACUGCUCAAAGUACCGGUCAGCGGCGAAGCAUACAAACAACUUCAAGGCCGAAUACGGGGGUUUCGUCACAACGAGGUGCAUGGCCUCAAGCAGCGCCUCCGUCCCGACGAGGUUACGUCUCCUCCAAUGCCACGCAACGAGGGAGCACACUUGGUAGUGUCUCUGGUUCAACCGCUGCGCGGCCACAGAGUGCUACAAGUCGAACUCACGUUCCCUCCUUGACCUCCCACGCCUUUUUCCGACCCAUGAGUUCCCAACGACUUCAAGCACAGCGUGGAGGCACCCGGCCGGCUGCCUUAGUGCAGCAGGGUAUGAGUGAAGAUGGAUCUGCGGAGGGUGGGAGCAGUGUGGCCAGGCAAAGCGUCAACUCGAAUCACACGGCUAGACAUGGCGAAGACGCUGAUGGAACUCGUCCUAUUUCUCGAGGGACUGAGAUGACGGAACAAGAGACGAUGGAAAGAGUGACGGCCAACACAAGUCCUACACACGGUCACCACCCUACCGGAAGUCUGUCUGAAAGCGUACGACCUCUCCAACGAAAUCUUGCCAAUGCCAAAGGACUCAGUCUUACCAUUGAUAAGAGUUAUAAAAAUGGAGGUGGAUUGCCAACUCCAUCUAAAUCACCACGUUCCUUCCGCUCCAGCUUUCUAUUACCAACAAGAGGUGAUGCUAUUCCGCAUAGCCCUAAUCGCAGCACGCAAGGGAGGGAAAAGUUAUCUUCCGUUGCAUCUUCACCUGGUUUGACACCAAUCGACGCGCCUAAACCUGCUCCAAAGCAGAAGCUUGGCGCUAAUCACCAAUACUUUACUGGUAAUACUGUAUUCUGGUUGGGAGGUCGACUCCAGAAUACUCGGGAAAAGCCAAUCAACAUUGCCACAGGAUUGUUCGUUGCUAUCCCCGGAGUUCUCUUCUUUGUAUUUUCUGCGUCAUGGUUCUGGCACAAUAUUUCACCCUCGAUACCCGUUGUAUUUGCAUAUGUUUUUUAUAUCUGCAUAUCUUCUUUUGUUCAUGCUUCGGUCUCAGAUCCUGGGAUUCUUCCUCGAAAUCUUCAUCCAAUGCCGCCUGCGGACGAGAACGAAGACCCUCUUAGACUGGCACCCCCAACGAACGAUUGGACCAUGAUCAAGUCCGCACAAUCUUCCACCGCUGCUAUGGAAGUGCCAACCAAAUACUGCAAAACUUGCAACAUCUGGCGUCCGCCUCGAGGUCACCACUGUCGAAUUUGCGACAACUGUAUCGAGACCCAAGACCACCAUUGUGUUUGGAUCAACAAUUGCGUCGGACGCCGAAACUACCGAUAUUUCUUCACAUUCCUUACCUUCAGUACAAUAUUGGGUCUCUUCGUCCUGGGUGCAAAUCUCGCCCAGAUCCUCGUCUACAUGCACCGACAACACAUCUCCUUUGGAUCCUCAAUAAACCAUUUCCGUGUCCCCUUCGCCAUGGUCAUCUACGCCGCUCUUGCUACUCCUUAUCCAAUGGCGCUGUUCGUUUACCACUUAUUCCUGAUGGCCCGAGGAGAGACAACAAGAGAGUAUUUAAAUUCCCACAAAUUCCUUAAGAAAGAUCGACAUAGACCUUUCACACAAGGAAGUAUUCUCAAAAACUGGUGGGUGGUUCUCUGCAGGCCUCGGCCACCGACCUACCUUCACUUCAAGCGCAAAUAUGAAGAAGGGGAUCAACGCUUUGGCGAAAGGAGAGGGAAGCGCGUUGCCCCUCUUACGAAAGAAGUACAGGGUGGAGGAGCUGGUGUGGCGAUGGAGAUGCAAGCCGUUCAGGGUCCCGAUCGAUCUUUCCAGGGUCCUUCCGCCCUAAGAGGAUCCAGAUGA